AUGGCAGCCGCAGCAAGACAGCAGAGCACUGUAGCCUUCCAAUUCUGUCCUGAAUGCGAACAAUCACUCCAAAAAGUCGACCUGGCCCAAGACCCAACACUCCCACGCACCCGCUCCAGAAUAUGUCCCAGAUGCGACAAGAACGAAGCAGUCUUCUUCCAAUCCACAUCCAAAAUGGCCGAUUCCAUGGUACUAUAUUUCGCAUGUGUGGACUGUGGGCAUCGCUGGAAGGAUACCGAUAUAGAAGAGGAAGCCAAACAGCGGGAGCAGAAUGCUGAACAGGAACAGCAGGGCGAAGGUGCUGGUGGAUUUCAAUUUGGUCAGAAUAGUAAUAAUGGGCAACAGCAAGCUGGGACACCUGAAUUGAAGGAUGACAUCAAGGAUGAAGUGGACUUGGAGGAUGAUGGGGACUUGUUUGGAGAUCAGGGGCUUGCAAGUGGAGGUGGUGAUGAUACGCAAGAGUAUAUGGACGAAGACUUUUGA